UAAGACCCCAAUUAUAUCGUUGACCUUGGACCGAAACGAAACUAAAAUCAAGGGAAUGCGGAGUGGACCGGCUAAUUUUAGCUCUAGGUCAUCUAUUCUGCAGGAUGACAACAUGGCGUCGGUUCAACUGCGGGAUUCUCCUGUUGUUCCUAAGAUUUCGAUCUCUCGAGUGGGUAGUUAGCGGGCAGCUAGCGGAUAAUAGUUGACAUCAAAUGUCUUGGAAGAGACUCCAUCGACUCGAUCAGGUUGUCACCCUCAACAUAUAAAAAGCCGUUCUCAUUCCCCUUCUUCUUGCUAUCAUCCCUCUCAUCAAUCAAUCAAUCAAUCAAUCCAUCCAGUCGUUUUAAAUACCUUCAUUUUUCUACAAACCCACUCGUUUGCCAUCAACCUUUCAAAAUGCAGUUCAAGAACCUUGCUCUCGCUGCCUCCAUCGCUGCUACUGCCGCCGCCGCCCCGGCUGCCGAUGCCCCUAAGUACUUCGGCGUCAUUGCUAUCAAGUCCGGCAGCGCUGUCCAGAACUCUGCCUUCAGCGCCGCCCAGGGUAGCCUCAUCGCUGGCCUCCAGAACAAGGGUUCCAGCUGCCCGGAGACCAGCUUCUACAUCAACGACGGUGUUCUCAACAUCUAUGACAACACUGCCCGUCCCCAGGAGGUCUACGUUGACCGCUCCGGCAUGGGCCAGGGCAAGAUUGGCUACACCGUUGGUGCCCAGCCCACUCCCAAGAACGCCGAGCGCAAGGGCUGGUCUAUCCAGGAUGGCCACCUCCUGUUCGACGGAUCCAGCCCCAUCGCCUGCCCCGGUGCCGAUGGCUACAGCAUCUGGGCCUCCUCUGGUGUCGCUAACCCCGGUGGCAACAAGGACUGCGUUGGCAUUGCUGCUCACGUCGUUGAGACCAAGGAGCCCCAGCCUUGCUGGGCCAACUAAGUUUGUGCUUUAGCGUUUCGUUCUUUGGCGCAAGGACUUGUAUAAAGGAUCGAUUUAUCUUUGCGCAUCUUUAUUAAGCGAUUUGUGAAUACUUUGUGCAAAUACUUAUCUAAUAUAUAAACAUUCCUCACACGGAAAAAGUUA